AUGACGCCUUUACUUCUCAGGUCUAUACCGCCUUUACUUCUCAGGUCUAUACCACCUUUACGUCUCAGGUCUAUACCACCUUUACUUCUCAGGUCUAUACCGCCUUUACUUCUCAGGUCUAUACCACCUUUACUUCUCAGGUCUAUACCGCCUUUACUUCUCAGGUCUAUACCACCUUUACUUCUCAGGUCUAUACCGCCUUUACUUCUCAGGUCUAUACCGAAUUUACAUCUCAGGUCUAUACCGCCUUUACUUCUCAGGUCUAUGACGCCUUUACUUCUCAGGUCUGUACCGCCUUUACUUCUCAGGUCUUUACCUGGUACCUACUAA